GUGAGGCCGGGUUCCGUGCUGACGGACCUGAGUAGGGUGUACUGGGCUGAACUGAACGGCGACAGAACCAGGACUGCCCCGUGCGCUAACCUGAGGUGGCGACAGCCAUUCUGCUGCUUGUUCCCUUGUACUUCUGCAUUUCCUGUUAGGGCUUGAACGGCGCUGCUGCAGGCGCUAAGUGUGACCUUCGAACCCAGGUCAGAGUAAUGGUGAGGGGCUGUGAGACGUUAUUUCUUUUCACGGUUUCUGGGCAUUCUCCACCUCAGGGCCUUUCUUAAGCCCGAGAAUGGUUUCCCAGGGACAGAAAAUGAGCUCGGAGCGGGGGCCACCUUGAGGGAGGCGAAGGGUAUUGUGGGGGCGUUAUGUAAAAGCAGCACACCAACCGACGGAUCCUUCUCGGUCCUCGCGCUACUUGGGCACGUGCUGCGUUGCGGUAUGCUACUGGAACGAUUCCAAGGCGGGAAACAGCCCCGGCGCUUGCGCGCGCCUGCGCCCUCGAGUAAUUGUCCCCCUCAAGCCACGCAUGCGUCUUUGUAUCGUGUGACUCUGUCGAUUCCUUUGCUUAGAGUAGUGUCAUUUUGCAGUACAGAAGCUACGAAACAACACAGACUGGAACCUCUCCCUUAAAUCUGCUUCCUGCUUCCGGAGAAGUGUCAAGUCUGUUUUUGUUUGAGAAGACGUUAGUUACCCGAAAUAGGAUCGAGGACAAUUUAAAGAGCCAGGCUGAUUGUUUUUCUUAACGCAGGUGUCUGGAGGUGGCUCUGGUCACUGCAGGACCACCAGGGGCUUGGCUUCCUCGUCUCAUCCUCCCCCUGCCUAGUCUCAUUUUCCCAGAUCUCCCAAAAGCCAUGUCCAGGGCCACCCUCAUUAACUUUACCCGAGCCACUGACCCCAGUGAUCUCUGGAAAGAUGGGCAAUUGCAGUCACAGCCUGAAGAGCUGAAGCCCACCCUGGAUGGGGCUGCAGCCCGGGCUUUCUACGAAGCCUUGACUGGGGAUCAGAGCAGCACUCGUGAACCCCAGAGGGCUCAGCCUGAGUCUGCCAGUAAAAGAAAGAGGAAGAGAAGAAGAAUGAUGAAGGAAGCUGCAGCAGGAGUAUCAGGAGAACAUGGACAAAGGACAUCCCUUGGGGCAGAGGACAAGAUGACCCACCGGAUACUGAGGGCAGCCCAGGAGGGGGAUGUGGCAAAACUAAAAAGACUGUUGGAUCCCCAUGAGGCAGGGGGAGCUGGGGGGAAUAUCAACGCUCGAGAUGCUUUCUGGUGGACCCCCCUGAUGUGUGCGGCCCGAGCAGGCCAGGGGGCAGCUGUGCGCUAUCUCCUGGGCCGUGGGGCUGCCUGGGUGGGGGUCUGCGAGCUGGGUGGCAGGGAUGCUGCUCAGCUGGCAGAAGAAGCGGGCUUCCCUGAGGUGGCCCGCAUGGUCAGAGAGGGCCCCAGAGAGACGAGGAGUCCAGAGAACCGGUCCCGAUCCCCCUCCCCCCAGUACUGUGAGGCUUGUGAUGCCCACUUCCAAGACUCUAACCACCGUACCUCCACUGCUCACCUGCUGUCAUUGUCCCAGGAUCUCCAGCCCCGCAACCUGCCCCUUGGGGUGCCUACCUCCAGCCCAGGCUUCAGGCUGCUGCUGAGGGGGGGCUGGGAGCCUGGAAUGGGGCUGGGACCCCGGGGUGAGGGCCAUGCCAGUCCCAUCCCCACUGUCCUCAAGAGGGACCAGGAAGGAUUAGGCUACAGAUCAGCACCCCAACCCCGAGUUACACAUUUCCCAGCUCGGGAUACACGGGCAGUGGCUGGGAGGGAGAGAGCCCCUAGGGUGACCACACUGAACUGGAAGGAGGAGAGAAGGCAGGAGGAGAAGGACAGGGCCUGGGAGCGGGAUCUGAGGACAUACAUGAACCUUGAGUUCUGACUUGGCAAGUUCUGACCCUGGUCUGCUGCUGAAGUCUGAACUUGGGCCCCUGACCUAGGCACUUGGGCUUCUACUUCCUGGGGCCUGCCCAGGUUCCAGACCUUCAGGUUUUGAUCAGUGGACUCUGCCUGUGGGAGAAAAGAGGCUGAGAGUUGAGAAAUAAAUCAAGCUUUUCCCCCUCUUUGGUGUUUUAUUCACUUUUCUGGAAGCUGUUGCAGGGAAGCCAAACAGGCUGGGGGCCACAUGAAAUUCUACCUGAGCCAGAAGAGGCAGCAGCUCUGCUAGGUGGUAUGAUAGGGUCACCUCCCUGCCAGUCUGGUUCGCUCCUAGUCCCAGCCGCUGCCCAGAGUGCCCCACCUAUUUUUUCAAUCCCUGAACCAGGAAUUGCCCAUCUCUAUGCAAGUCUAACUUCCCUCAGAAGGCAUCUCCUGCCCACUCCAUCCCUUGCCCACUCAAUUCAAUCAUUGAUUUCACAAACAAAGUUCAUAUACUAUGUGCUAAGAAUAGGGAGUAAGAGACUCCCAGUCUUCAGGUUGCUCACAGCUGGAGGAGACAGGAUGUGAUCAAAUACAAUGCAUGGUGAUAGAGGAGGUCAGGGACGGCUCAGAGGUGAUGAGAGUGGGUAGGGUCUUGCAGGAAGAGGCCAGUGUGAUAGGAGGGCCUAAGAUUAUGCAGCCUGUAGGCUAUUAGCUGAAACUGGGACCAGAACUCUGGCCUCCCAAAUAUACACUUUAAGCCAAGGUUGUUCAUUUUGAUACCUGAAAACUCCUGAGGGCAGGAAGCACAUCCUAUUUGUCUACACUUGCCCUUCCCACACUUCGUCUCCCGCGCCUCCCUUGUGCUGCUCAUACUGGGUGCCAGGCACAUGAAGUGCUCACUGUCGUCAAAUCCAAGAGGUAAAAUACGUGCAUGGAGGAGCAAGGAAGGGCUACUCAAGUCCCAAGCCUCCUCUCAGCUUUCUUUUCCGGAAAAUCCUUUCAUGAAAUCAUAAACAAGAAAAGGGGACUAAAGGGGGCGGGCGAGUUUAAGGGAACACUGGCGUCACGGGGGCUCUAGACGACGAAAAGGGAAAGCUGGGUUUACAUUCAGGCGUUGGGUCCCCGUGAUCUUGACUCUGCGCCCCGCGGUACGGCCAGGUGCGCACUGAUGGCGCGCACAAGCAGCGCGGGCGCGGUGCGGUGGUGGAUCGGCAGGGUCCGCCCCGCGAGCUGCGGGCCCCGCCUCCGCCUGUCCCUCUAGUCCCGGUGCAGCUGCUUCCGGGCUCUGCGGCUCCGGGCGGAUCCGCGAGGCCGCGGCCCGGACGCUGGGCCCGGGAGGGGCUGCAGCGCCUGGACGCCUGGCUCCCCAGGCAGGCCCGCGCUUUGCCUGGCAACCGGGAUCUCCGAGGACAUCUCCGGCCUGUCCUCGCGGAGACCGAGUCUCAGCUGCGUGCUCAGGGGCCGGUGGGGCCACUUUAUAGGGUUCAUAGCCCUCUGAAUCAAGGGACGAACGUUGCUGGCUGGAGUUUGCCGGAUACCUCUUCCCUCACUCACCUAACAAGAGACUUCUUCCUGAGCUGCCUUAGGGCAGCAGUUCAGGACUCUCCCGCUCCGGAGCACCUAGGACCCAGGGCCACCUUCCUUCCUUCCUUCCUUCUUGGGAGAACCUCCUCCCCAGUUGCUGGGGCACCUUGGGACGUAGGCUUGGUGAGUGAAACUUGGGGUGCUGCCUGCUGGGGAAGAAACCUGGAAAACAGGGAGGACACUGUGGGGGUGACCCAGGCUUCGUCAGAUCCUGAGACUUUUGGAAUCUUGUGUGCUGGGUGGUGGUGGUGAAUGAACUUGGAUGUGCCUUCCUUUACCUCAAAACUGUAAAGGAAACAAGCCGCUUGACACACCUGAGGCUGCAUGACCAUCCAGGGAAGUGGGGAGCCACUUCUGAAUUCAGAGUAGGACUCACCAGCAGAUACCUGUUCUUCUGAGCCUGAACAGACUGUGGCUUCUGAGGAAACCCUCAGCCCCCAAACCUGAGAGUCUAAGCAGUGCCAGGAAGCAGCCCCAGAAUUUGGGGGCUCAUUACACACCCCAACCAUGUUCCUGCGACAGCUUGGUGGCUGGCUACCUCGCCCCUGGGGCCGCUGGAAAUCAACGAGGCCUGACCUGCCCGCCCCAGAACCCAGACGGAUGGACAGCUCCUCUGAGAAUUCAGGGAGUGACUGGGACAGUGCCCCAGAAACCAUGGGAGAUCUGGGGCCUCCCAAGACCAAGGACUCAGGUGCACAGAGGAGCUCUGGGGCUGCUCCAGAACCAAGCAGGGAGUCCCAAGUUGAGCAACUGGGGUGCAAAAAAAUGGAUUCUCUCAAGUGGGAUGAGACUGUCUCUAGCACUCAAGAGUCUGGGAGAUUGGAGGCUGGAGAGACCAUUCUCAAACCAGGAUGGGAUCCUGUGGACUCAGGUGGCACCAAGAAGCCUGGUGUGUCCCCUGAAGAGGGACUGAGCCCCCCUGGGCUUGAAGCCCCAGCGGAGAAGCCUGGCCAGCGUCAGAAGCUGCUGGGCUGGCUGCGGGGGGAAACAGGUGGGGGAGCAGGGGCUCCCUACCAGUACCUGGGGGACCCAGAGGAGUGUCUGCAGAUAUCCACCAACCUGACCCUGCACCUGCUGGAGCUCCUGGCCUCAGCCCUGCUAGGGCUGUGCUCAAGGCCCUUGCGGGCAGCCUUGGACGCGUUGGGCCUGCGUGGACCGCUGGGCCUCUGGCUGCAUGGGCUACUGUCCUUCCUGGCUGCCCUGCAUGGGCUCCAUGCCGUGCUGAGCCUACUUACCGCUCACCCCCUGCACUUUGCCUGCCUCUUUGGUCUUCUACAGGCCCUGGUGCUGGCUGUCAGCCUCCGGGAGCCCAGUGGGGAUGGGGAGGCCACUGACUUGGAGGGCGAGAAGUUGGGGAGGGAGGGUGAGGAGCAGAGGGGAGACCCAGGAAAGAGGCUGUGACCACGGGGUGGGGUGUGGCCCAGCGUCCCACCCUCAGUGGGUUGGGAGCAAGGGUGAAGAUAGUGUGGGGGCACGAUCCACAUUGUAAGCACAGGGACCUCAGGGAUGGGGCAGAAACCCCAGAGUAUGAGGGCACAGAGGCCCUGCCCCCCUUCACACACAGGAGAGCUGUUUAGGGUGUCUGUGUGUUUAUGGACAGUGGGGGCAUUGGCCUUGAAUUCACCAGCUGUUGUUAAUUUUUGCUUUUACAUUUCUCCCACUUCCAGUUUUUUUUUUCCCACCUCCGCUUUUUAAAAACCAAAAAAAAAAAAAAAAAAGUGUGGUGGUGGAGAAUAAAGACUAAAGGGUCUUCUCUACCUUUCAAAACUCUCCAGGGGUGGAGGAGACUAGAGGCAAGACAGACAGACCUCUGGGUGGGGUAAGAGGGUGGUUCAGAGACUCAAGGGAUCCUGUGGAUCCUGGGAUCUGUGCUAUCUGGGAAAGAGUGGCACUGCUAGGUGGGUGGAUUAGGGGGUCUGGAUGGGGUUCCCACAGGUGAUGGGGAGCCUGCAGGGGGGAUCUGGGUGUUCCUAGGAGCCAGAGGGAGUGGGGAUGGUGCUGGCAGUGUUGGCAGGAGGGCCAGCUCAGAAGGGCUGGCAGCUCAUAGGCAGUAUGGGGAGCACUGGAGUUUGCAGACCCCACUGGGGGGUUGGCUUUGCUCACUCAGCAAUAAAUGUGUCACACCAAAUCCUAAAUACACCACUAAAAGUGA